GCACACAUUAAAUUUUGGCUGUUGAUUUUACUUCUUAAAAAGCCGAUCGUUCUCCUUCUAAAACAAUAUGGGUGAUCUGGAAAAAAUAUUUUACGACUUUUGUGAUUCAGUUAAGAAAGGGUCAAGAACUGCAACAGACAAAACCAUUAAAAAAAUCUGUACCGAUUGUAAUAUCUAUACGAAAUCAUUUAAUGCAAAUGCCGUUGAUAUUGCUUUUUGCAAACAUCUUAAGAGUGCCAAAAAAGACGUUGAUUUCUCUGAUUUUGUAAGAUUUGUCGAAGGAGCAAUGGCAGAAGAGUAUGCAAAACAAAAAAAUAUAUCUACAACGGACGCAUCGAAUGAAAUAAAAAACAAAAUAAUCAGUACUUCCGGUCCAAAAUCUCAUGGAGCUACUCAAGCUAGUAAAGAUUCAGCGACAUCACGUCUCACUGAUGUAAAAGGAUAUACAGGCUCUCAUAAAGAACGGUUUGAUACUGAAACUGGUAAAGGUAAAGGAAUCGAGGGACGAGAGUAUGUCAUGGAUGAAAAAGCGGCUUCCGGUUAUGUUGGAGGCUAUAAAGGGAAGAACACAUAUGACAAAACCCACUAACAGUUAUUUACUUUCACGAUGUUUACUUAUUGUAUUUCUGAUAUAUUGUUAACAUAAUCUAGUUUUUGUCAUGGUUACUAAAUAAAUG